AUGGACGCUGCCGCGAACCGACGGUCAAUGCUGCCUACCAUUCAGACGACACAUCAUGGAGAGCCGCACACCACAAGUAAAAGCCCGGCCGCAGAGCUCCGCAGCGUCUCGACACCAGCUUUGGGCGGCAAGAGGCGUAGUUUUUUAGCAAAGACCUUCAGGAAGGUCAGCAGCAGUUCCUCCUCGACCGACCUCGCCUCCAUGUCCGAGGAGGCCUCGAGUGGCCUCCAUAUGAAAAGUAAACGAGUUCUUCACAAGAACAACGGAUCCGGCGGCUCAAAUUCGUCCUCCAUCUUCUAUCGCCUCAACCGACGAGCUUCCAAGGAUUCUUCCGCGAGCUCGCACAUGUCCGAGGAGACACCCAACUAUCUCAGCCCUCAGCCGCCAGCGCCGGUUCCUAUCAAGAUUCUCAAGCACGGUGCCUUGAAGACUGACAGCCGGUUGUGGAAAUCGCGCGCCGAAUAUGUCGUCUUAACCGAUGGGCACCUGAUCAAGUUCAGCAGUGUCGAGUCAGCAAGGGCAAACUUUGCUGAACUUGCCCCGCCGUCUCAGCGCCUGAAGCGGUCUUCGACGUCUUCCACUUUGAGUCAGGAUGGGUCACACUCCGAUGGUCGGGUCGAAAUUCCCCUGAGUAGGAUCGUCAACAUUUUCAACGAAGAGGGUGUGAGCCCUCACUUUGGUCUGGAUGUCUGGUGGUCCGAGACUUCGCCAAUGGUAUCUUGGGCAUGCACAAAACUGUUCUUUGGAAUGCCUACUGAGCGAGACGAUUGGAUGUCGGAGAUUCGCCGUGCUAUUCGUGAGUCUGUGGGCUCAGCCGUUGUGCCAAAGGGACUCAUCCCUCAGAACGUCGAGUCCGCCAUUUACAACAUCGUUGCUACACAAGAGCCCGCGUGCCGCGGCUGCCCACUGGAUAUCUUCCCAGUCGUCCAACGCACCACCCUUCUCAGUACGAAAGCCGAGAGCAUUGAAAAUGCCAAAAAAUCUCGUGACGGAUCAUCGUAUUACUUGCUCCUUGGUCAGAACAAGUGCUAUCUUGUGCGAGUUGCUAGGACUUCCGUGUACAAAGCCCCUCAGGAUAUCGAUAUCAAUACUGUAGUCUUCGGCUUGACAUCUUUGGUCCGUUUGAAAGCGACUAUGGUUCCUCACGAGGAGCGGUUUGUUCUUGGAUUCCGACUGCCUUGUGAGAACGAAAAACGUCUUGAGCUUGCUAGUCGGUGGUACAGAGAGAUCGUCAUGACAUUCAUGAAGGCGGAUCGCGCAGUGAAGCCUGCUUGGCCUCAGCACAUGCAACGGCAUAUUUUCGACAUCAGAGGCCUAACCGCUCAAUUACUCCUCCCAACUGGUCAAGACUAUGGUGGACUCAAGCGCACGCUUGAGGCGUACUGUGCGACGUUCCAGUGUAAGCCUCCUGAAUGGACUGUGAAUUGGAAGUGCGAACGCCGAGAGCACUGCCCAGAAUUUCGACUCCUCCCUGCGAAGGAGGUGGGCGGAUACACGGCACUCCAGCUUUUGGCUGUCUUCAAAGCCCUCCGCUUCAACGACUACUUCAAGGCUUUAUCGUUCCGCGACGUCGAUUUCUCGCCCCUUUGCGGGUUGACCGACGUUCCGGGUUGGGAUGAGUCCGUGGCUGACGUUUCUCGCGAUGGACUUGUCAUCGAUCCCAUGCAUCGAGAUAUCAUCAAGACUGCCCCACUGUUAUCUCAGGAAAUCCACGCCGUUGCCUUUACCUCUGGUUCUGUCCGUAAGAUUGACUUGACCAACGUUCUGGCAUCACGGAACAUUGUCGGUGUUUCGCGCGCUCGUGCCGGUACCAAAAAGGACCCUGAGGUCGUUCGCCCUAUCCUUUUGCUGCUCAAGACUCGCAGCACUCCUUGUGACACUUUGCUGGUUGGCGGUAACCCUCUGACGGCGGCUGAGGUUGACGAUCUUGUGGGCGUUCUUCAUAUUCCCGAUGUUCUCAAGGAGCUCGAUAUCUCCAGAUGCAAUCUUGAUGAGAGAAGCUUAGAGGAGGUUUGGGAUGCUCUUCCCGCCCAGGGAUACAAGAUGGAGGCUCUCAAUACUUCUCGCAACAUUGGACAUGUGGACCACAUGGCCGUCAAGCAGAACCUGGCUCAUUUUUACUGCUUGCGAAAACUCGGCAUUGCAGGAAAUUGUCUCACUCAGGCGAAGGAUACCAUCUUCCUCGACGAGACUAUCAUGGGAUGGGGUCUUGAGGAGCUGGAUCUUUCAAACAUCAACCUCAACGACGCCACAUUGCAAGUGCUCGCAGACUACUUGAAGUCUUCACAAGCCGAUUACCUUCGCAGGCUUGACCUCAACAACUGCGCAAUGACCGGUACCCAAAUCGCCACCCUAUUCCGCAGCAUGGGUGAAGCAAGAGUGAUUACUUGCUCCAUCAGCGGCAACUAUCUUGAGAACGGCACGGAAGAUUUGGUAUCUGCAAUUGUCGAAAACUUCGGACCGACGUCCCUUUUCAUGGAUAUGGUCGAGUUCCAAAACGAAGAAAACUACAUCAAGCUGAUCAAAGCGCUCUCGCUCAACACCUCGAUCCGGCUGCUAAGCCUGGUAGGAACUUCGACCCCUGGACAAGUCAGUGAGGACGCCUGCAUGGCUGUCUCAGAGUUCUUUGCCACGAACAAGUCGGUCCAAUACCUCGACUUUUCCGGAUUCUCCGCCAAGCUCGACGAGGGUCAACUCGGCCUGGGUUUCUCGCGCUCUCUAUCUGGACUUGCCGAGAACAAGACGCUACGUCACCUCCGAAUCCGGAACCAGAAGUUGAACUUGAACAUUGGUGAUCUGGCACAUGCGAUCCAACUCAACCAGACCCUUACCACUCUCGAUGUACAGGAGAAUAACUUCAAUCUGUCCAACUUGUCACACAUGGUCAGAUCUCUCGAUCACAAUAGCUCCAUCCAGGAGUUCUGCCCAUUUUCUCGGUGCGAGCUCAGCCGGGCCAUCAAGUUCAGCGUUCAAAACGUCGGCAUGCCAACGAGCCAGCCCACGUCGUCUCGAGCCCGCCGCGCGUCCAAAGUCCUCUCUAAGGCCACGUUUGACAACUUUGCCAUGGAAAUGGACAAGAACAACGCUCUUAUGGAGAAUUUGAAGGACGAGUGGAGUGUCAAGACUGCUCAGAUUGAACGUCUUCUCGAGAGAAAUCGAACCUUGAGUACUGAAAAGGAGAUGGCGAUUAUGCAGUGGGAUCCUCAAGUGGAAGGCCAGGAGGACUGGAUCGCCCUUGAGCUCGGCAACGUCUUUGGAGGCCUAGCCAUCAAGGCUAUGAAGACCCGACGCAGGAUUAUGCAGCCUGGCUACCGUGGCAGUGUUUACUUUGGCGCAAGUACUCCGCCUCUAGAGGGGAUGGAAGAGUUUGGUGCCCUGGCAGCUCCCCACCAUGUCACUCGCGAGGAAGUCAUGGAAAGCCCCGCGACAGAGGUUGCCAGCGGUUCCUCCGGCCUUCCCACCCCUCCCGAAUGGGCUCCUACUGAGAGCCCUGUCAAAGAAUACUCUAUUGCGUCCAGCGCGCCACCGUCUCGUGAUGCACCUCGCAUUAUCGAUGAGAACGCGGACGAGUUCGACCUUUCUCUUCUCAAACAUAUGAUACAGCAUGGAUUCAACCUCGACGAUUCGACGCAAGGCCAGGACCAGGACGUCGGCAGGAAAGCGGGGCCCUCAGUGUCGACCACGAGACUCAGAUGA